GCCUUCACUAUUUAUCACAUCUUCACCUUUUCCCAAAAAAAAAAAAAAAAAACAUCUUCACCUCCACGUUGAUUCAUCCCUGUACCUGCUCGAACCGCCGAGAUUAUAAAGCCAAAUAAGGGCAGCAAACUAACCCACGGUGAAGAGUAGAGCGGCGCAAACGCAGGAGGAAGGGCUAGGUUGCUAACCAUGAGGAACGUGUUUCCGGCGGUGAUUUACUUGGCCGCUACCACUGCUGCAUGCGAAGUCACCUCCGCCGCCGCCAGCAGCCUCACCCUCGGUCCUCUCCUCCGCCAACUAACUUAUUCUCGCCCUCCUUCCUCCAUCCUCCUCCGCCCUUCGACGGCUAUCAGUAUAACCUCGGCAUUGGCCGCCAAGUGUGCGCGCGUUAUUGGUCUCUCGGUCUCCGAUACCCUCGAGUUGUUCUUCCACUCCGCCGGCGCAGCCCUCCCAGAGCAGUUUUUCGCCGUGUGGAGUCUGGUGAGGACUAAAGCGUUGGCUCCCGUGCUAAUGGUGUUGGUGGCGGCCUGCCUGUUCAUGUCGGUGAUGCUGAUGGUGGAAGUCACCUCGAUGGCCACCGUCAGCCUCGCCGUCAAGCUGCUACGUUGCAGGCCGGAGAAACGCUACAAAUGGGAACCCAUCAAGGCCGACGAGGAGACCGGAAGUUUGGCCUACCCAAUGGUCCUCGUUCAGAUCCCAAUGUACAAUGAGAAAGAGGUAUACAAGCUGUCCAUCGGAGCAGUGUGCGCACUCACAUGGCCGCAGGAUCGAAUCAUAAUACAAGUCCUGGAUGACUCGACUGACCCCGCCAUUAAGGACUUGGUGGCUCUUGAGUGUAAAAUUUGGGCAAGUAAGGGCGCAAAUAUCACUUAUGAAGUCAGGGACAAUAGAAAGGGGUAUAAAGCAGGGGCAUUAAAGAAGGGAAUGGAAUAUACCUAUGUCCAACAGUGCGAGUUUGUGGCCAUCUUUGAUGCUGAUUUCAGGCCAGGAUCUGACUUUCUCAUGAGAACAAUUCCCUAUCUUGUAUCCAAUUCACAUAUUGCUCUCGUUCAAGCUCGUUGGGAGUUUGUUAAUUACAGCGAGUGUCUGAUGACAAGGAUACAAAGGAUAUCUCUUGAUUAUCAUUUUAAAGUGGAGCAAGAAGCAGGUUCAUCAACCUUCGCCUUCUUUGGUUUCAAUGGAACGGCUGGUGUAUGGCGAAUACCAGCUAUUGAAGAAGCAGGUGGUUGGAAAGACCGAACUACUGUGGAGGACAUGGAUUUGGCGGUGAGGGCAGGCCUCAAAGGUUGGAAAUUCUUAUAUGUUGGCGACAUCAAGGUAAAAAGUGAAUUACCAUGCACUUUCAAGGCAUACAGGCACCAGCAACACCGAUGGACAUGUGGAGCCGCAAACUUAUUUCGAAAGGUGGCACUUGAUAUCUUGAUUGCUAAGAAUGUCUCAAUAUGGAAGAAGUUUCAUGUGCUUUACAGCUUUUUCUUUGUGCGCAAGAUUAUAACCCACAUAGUCACAUUUCUGUUCUAUUCAGUCGUGGUUCCAGCAUCUGUGCUCGUCCCAGAGGUCAAAAUUCCCUUAUGGGGAGUGAUGUACAUUCCAACCAGCAUCACUCUUCUCAACGCCUUGAGAAACCCACGCUUUAUUCAUAUAAUGCCAUUCUGGGUUCUGUUCGAGAAUGUGAUGUCCUUGCAUAGAAUCAAGGCAACUUUAAUAGGACUAUUGGAGACGGGAAAUGUCAAUGAAUGGGUUGUAACAGAGAAGUUAGGAGAAGCUCCCAAAGCAAAUCCUGAAAACAGUAAGCCUGAAGCAACGUCAACAAAAUUUAGAGAUAGGAUCAACUUUACGGAGCUCGGAUUUGCUGUUUAUCUCCUGUUUUGUGCUUCAUAUGACGUUGUCUAUGGAAAUAAUUACUACUACAUAUAUCUUUACCUCCAAGCCUUUGCUUUCAUUGCCAUAGGCUUUGGGUACGCCGGAGCUUCUGGCUCAAAAUCAUAGCACUUCUAUUCAUACAUUGUUUUCGGCAAAUUCAGACUAUUCUUUUUGUAUUCUCUUUAUCUUGUUGCAGAAACAUGCCAGUGAUUUUUUGACUGGGAAAGGCCACGCAACAUUAGCAUCUACUUCUCUACUAAUGAAUGGCCAAACUUUUUUUAGCUUUAAUUUGAAAAAUAAAAUGUAUUAUCUAUGUAA